UUGUGAUCCAUCGCCCAGAUACACGAUCUUUGUGUGGAUGCCCUGGCUGCUCUCAUGCCUGCUGUGGUGUCUGACUCCGGGAGGAUGGACGCUGUGUCGUCGGGUUUGGUGGGCAUGCCGGCUUCACCGUGUCCGACCUGCACCGCGGAUUCAGAGGAGGACACGGGGAGGAGGGGGACGCAGACCUUCAACCACAUGCACAUGAGGAGAGCUUUCCUGCUGAUGAACGACCUCAGGAGUAAAAAGACGCUGUGUGACGUCCAGCUGGUGGCUGGGAGUGUGGAAGUGCCAGCUCACAGGGUGGUCCUGGCCUCCUGCAGCCCCUACUUCUGCGCCAUGUUCACAGGCGACAUGAGUGAGAGCAGAGCCCAUCAGGUGGAGAUCCGAGAGGUGGACGGACACACACUCAGGAAGCUGGUGGACUACAUUUACACGGCGGAAAUCGAGGUCUCCGAAGACAACGUGCAGGUGCUGCUUCCAGCUGCCAGCCUCCUCCAGCUGAUGGACGUCCGGCAGGUUUGCUGUGAAUUCCUGCAGGCGCAGCUUCACCCCAGCAACUGUCUGGGCAUCAGAGCCUUCGCUGACCUGCACACGUGCACACAGCUCCUCAGCCAGGCCGACGCAUACGCUGAGCAGCACUUCAGUGAGGUGGUGCAGGGGGAGGAGUUUCUGAGCCUGUCCCUGCAGCAGGUGUGCAGCCUCAUCUCCAGCGACAAGCUCACCGUCUCCACUGAGGAAAAGGUAUUUGAGGCCAUGAUAACCUGGAUCAAACACAACAAACUGGACCGCCUGCAGUUCAUGCCCACACUAAUGGAGCACGUCAGACUUCCUCUGCUGUCCAGAGAUUACCUGGUUCAGAUUGUUGAGGAGGAAGCCUUGAUAAAGAACAACAACACCUGCAAAGACUUCCUGAUUGAAGCCAUGAAGUAUCACCUGCUGCCGGCUGACCAGCGGCACCUCAUCAAGACCGACCGAACCAGACCGCGGACACCUGUCAGCAACCCCAAGGUGAUGGUCGUGGUGGGGGGUCAGGCGCCCAAAGCCAUCCGCAGUGUGGAGUGUUACGACUUCCAAGAGGAUCGCUGGUACCAAGUGGCCGACCUGCCGUCCAGACGCUGCAGGGCGGGCGUGGUUUCCAUGGGAGGCCGCGUGUUCGCAGUCGGGGGCUUCAACAGUUCGCUGCGAGAACGCACGGUGGACGUGUAUGACGGCGCCAAAGAUCAGUGGGAGUCCGUGGCGAGCAUGCAGGAGCGCCGUAGCACGCUGGGAGCUGCCGUGCUGCAGGAUCUGCUCUACGCCGUGGGCGGCUUUAAUGGGAGCAUAGGUCUGUCGACUGUGGAGGUGUACAACCAGAAAACCAACGAGUGGCUGUAUGUGGCGCCCAUGAACACGCGGCGCAGCAGUGUGGGCGUGGGGGUGGUUGAUGGUAAGCUGUAUGCAGUGGGGGGGUACGAUGGAGCGUCCCGUCAGUGUCUCAGUACCAUGGAGGAGUACGACCCGGUCUCUGAUCAGUGGUGCUACGUGGCUGACAUGAGCACACGGAGAAGUGGAGCAGGCGUUGGCGUGCUGGGCGGCCUGCUGUACGCAGCAGGAGGACACGACGGCCCUCUGGUGAGGAAGAGCGUGGAAGUGUUCGACCCACAGGCCAACACCUGGAGACUGGUCUGCGACAUGAACAUGUGUCGUCGAAACGCAGGUGUGUGCGCCGUUAACGGACUUCUGUACGUGAUUGGAGGAGACGACGGCUCCUGUAACCUCUCCUCUGUGGAGUUUUAUAAUCCCGCCACGGAUAAGUGGAGCCUCAUUCCCACCAACAUGAGCAACGGCCGCAGUUAUGCAGGGGUGGCGGUCAUCGACAAGCCGCUCUGACCCCAGCGGCGCCUGCACCCACCCUUCAGACGUCUGACCGGAGCUCAGAACUCCUGGAUCGGAGCCGCAGCUGAGGUUUAGGUCGGCUUUCAUUUCAGCAGCGUGACUUCUGAGGAGGUUGCUGUGGAUCAGCGGCAGCCGCAGCAGCCGCAGGACUCGAGGGUUACGGCAAAUGCCAUGACCAGCCGGCCUGGAAGGUGGGUGUCAGGCGGAGCUCCUGUGUGGGAAGAACCAGCGUCAGCGGAGGCGCCCGAAUCAUCAAUCAUGACCACGCACAGCAACCGAGCGCUCGCACCCACGGCUCAGGAGAACGUCCGGCCAAUGACAGCCACACUUUGCAGCGCUGGCUUGUGAUUGGCCGUCACAGGAGCAUUUUUGCAGCCUGUGUCCAAAAUGCCAACUCAUCACUCAGCUCGAUCAUGGAAGUUGGGUUUGUGUUUGCUCCAAAUGCAGCGUCUGGACCUGGAGGACGUGUGAGCAUUGAAUGUUCCCGUGGUGAGCGGGGACUAGAUGGGCUCUGACAGACGGCUGAAGCUUGAUCUGCACUGACCGCCGCAGCUCCUGACUGUCUGAGCCACUGACCUGCUGUCAGUUCUGACCCUAAAGGCCACAACUGAAGAUGCUUUUAUUGCUGAGUCGCCGUUUGUUUUUGUUUUUUUGCACUGUACAGGAUCAGCUGUAAAGUUGGCAAAGACUCUGGCUUGUAUUUAUUGUUUCUGCUAAACCGAAUCUAUGUAUCUGUUCAUAUAAAGAAAGUCUUUAUUAUUUUUUA